AGCGGCGACGGCGCGGCCAGCGGGAGGCUCAGGAGUGUACAUCAGAGGAAGUCAAAAGCCAGCUGGAAUAGUUCCUGCAUGCAGUUUUAAUCUUGUUUGCAAUUAUUUUGAAGGGGAGAAACCAUCUGGAUCCAGAGAUGUGUAGCUACACAGGAAUAAGAUGCUCUGGUUUCAAGGAAAUAGUAUGCAACUUGCCAAAUACUGCUUUCGACCCUUCCUGAGAAAUCUCUCUGCCUCUAAAACUGUUCUACCUGUGCUGACCUUAUUCACAAAGGAUCCCUGCCCCCUUUGUGAUGAAGCUAAGGAGGUUCUGGAGCCUUAUAAAAACAGGUUUGUUUUACAGGAGGUGGACAUCACCCUGCCAGAAAACUCCACCUGGUACGAGAGGUAUAAAUUCGACAUCCCUGUCUUUCAUUUGAAUGGCAAGUUUCUGAUGAUGCAUCGAGUAAACAUCUCCAAACUUGAAAAACAGCUCCGGAAGCUUGAGCAGCAAGGCACUGUAGGCUGAUGAAAGCCCACGUGGUUUUCCACCCUCGCUGUCCAGCGGGCGUCUUCCUGAGGAAAUGGCCACGGCCUGGUCAUUUCCUUUCAUCACCGUCCUUUCGUCACCGUCACACAGCCCUAACGACGUUCUAAACUUUGGUGCCAGGUAGAUGUUGACACUCCUCUUCUGACUGAUGGAAGUACCAAUGCGGGAACUAUUUACCUUUUGGCAUUUUAUAAAAUAAGAGGAGUAUAUUGGCAGGGAGGGGUUGGGGGAGGGCCGGAGAAACCCAUUUGUUUUACUUAUGUUUCUCCUUUGUGUUAAUAUGGAAACAUUUCACAUUCAUUGGACAGUGCUGUUUAUAGAAGAAGGCUCUGCAUCCCUGCUGCUGCCCUAAGGGCUUGACAUUGUAGUGAAAGAAUAAACGCUCUUCCUCUCAGUAAAUAAAGUGAAAUGUGAAUUGUUAAUAACUGUGCACAGUCAAUAAAGGGCUAUUUUAACAAAUA